UUGCCACAUCAUGGGGUUCGCGAAAUCCUCCAGUCCUGCAAAAGCGGCGAAGGCCAGCUCGCUAACCUUCUCGUCUACAGUGUUCCCAAGUUCUUCAGAUGGCUCUCCGAGCGUUAUCCAGCCAUCUCGCAGCUCAUCGCCGAGAAUCGCAUCCCUGAGUUCGACUGUCUCUACCUGGAUAUGAACGGAAUCAUCCAUAACUGCACACACAAGGACGGCGACGAUGCAACCUACCGACUCAGCGAAGAGGAGAUGUUCAUUCGCAUCUUCAACUACAUCGAACAUUUGUUUGGGAAAAUCAAGCCGAAGCAGCUGUUCUACAUGGCCAUUGAUGGAGUUGCACCGAGAGCCAAGAUGAACCAGCAGCGUGCCCGUCGUUUCCGAACCGCGCUCGAUGCCGAGAAAGCCCGUGACAAGGCGAUCAGCGAGGGCGUCGAGAUGCCCAAGGAGCCCCCCUUCGACAGCAACUGCAUUACUCCCGGUACGGAGUUCAUGGCGAAACUUACCCAGCAGCUCAAGUACUUCGUCAACAAGAAGGUUUCCGAGGACGCCGACUGGCAGGGCUGUGAGGUCGUCUUGUCCGGCCAUGAAGUGCCCGGUGAAGGAGAGCACAAAAUCAUGGAGUACAUCAGGAACGCCAAGGCGCAGCCCGACUAUGACGCCAACAUCCGCCACUGCUUGUACGGUCUGGAUGCUGAUCUGAUCAUGUUGGGUCUUCUCAGCCACGACCCUCACUUCUGUCUUCUUCGAGAAGAGGUUACCUUUGGCCGUCAGAACUCGAAGAAGGCCAAGGAGCUGGAGCAUCAGAACUUCUACUUGAUGCAUCUGUGCAUGGUUCGCGAGUAUCUUGAAUUGGAAUUUCAAGACCUCAAAGAGCCUGGUCGUCUGAGCUUUCCCUACGAUUUCGAGCAAAUCAUCGACGACUUCAUCCUCAUGGCCUUCUUUGUCGGAAACGAUUUCCUUCCGAAUCUUCCGCGCUUACAUAUCAAUGAGGGUGCUCUCGCUGCCAUGUUCCGCAUCUACAAGGAAGUUCUUCCUCGGGGCGAUGGCUACAUCAACGAAGGCGGCGUCAUCAACCUCGGGCGCCUCAAAACUCUGUUGGACGAGCUGUCAAAGGAUGAAACGAACUCGUUCGAGCAGGACGUCGGCGACGAAAAGUGGUUCCAAUCUAAGAGAAAUGCCGAACCCAAUGGCGCUGACAGCAGGAAGCCCAAGGGCAAGGGACUCGUUCUGACGUCUUCCCAGAGAGAUUUGUGGAAGCAAAAGAUUCGCCCCUACGUGAACAAGCCUUCACCUGAGCCGCUCGACCUUGGCACUGGCCUCAAUGCCGCGGACCGCAAGUUUGUCCAGGAUGUCGCCGACACUCUGCACAUCGAGUGGAGCACGAAGGAGGAUGACGACGGCCACCGGCAUCUUCUUCUGUCUUUCCCCGCGGGUGCGGCCGAGAGCGCUAAUGACGAAGAAGAGGAGGGAACUCUCGCAUUGUACCGUGUCAUGCGAAAUUACGACAAGGCCCUCGUCGUUGACAUCACAGCCGAGGACGCUCAGCGUCACUACAAAGAACUGUACGAUCAGAAGUACCUGGCCUGGAAGACCAAGUACUAUCUGGAGAAGUUUCCCGAGUGGGCACCCGAGUCCUACGACGACGAACUGAGGAAGCUUUGCGAGAACUAUGUUCAAGGUCUCCAAUGGGUCUUGUAUUACUACUACCGAGGAAUUGCCUCAUGGCCCUGGUUUUACCAGUACCACUACUCUCCAUUGACAUCUGACGUUGUGAAGGGCCUCGGCGCUAACUUGAAGUUCCCCUUGGGCCAACCUUUCCGACCAUAUGAGCAGCUCAUGGGUGUGCUGCCCGAUCGAAGCAAGUCCAUUGUUCCCGAAGUUUACUGGGACCUAAUGACAAACCCGCAAUCUCCCAUCAUCGACUUCUACCCCAGAGAUUUCGAGCUAGACAUGAACGGAAAAAAGAUGGAGUGGGAGGCAGUUGUCAAGAUCCCCUUCAUCGACGAGAAACGUCUCCUGAGUGCGAUGGGACCCAAGAACGAAUUGCUUUCCGCCGAUCAGAAGGGGAGGAAUGGCUUCGGUGUCUCUCUGAAGUUCACCUACGAUCCAACCCUUGCCUACACCUACCCAUCUUCUCUGCCGGGUGUCUUCCCUGACAUCAGUCCUUGUCACUGCGUGGAGAACAUCUUCGAGCUCCCCAACACUGAGGGCUUGAGCUACCGCAAGGGUCUUGUUGAAGGCGCCAAGGUAAACAUCGAGGCACUCGCCGGGUUCCCAACACUGCACACGUUGCCGUACACGGCAACACUUGUCGAGCACUACGGUGUCAACGUUUUCCAAGCGGAUAGCAAGAACCCCAGCAUGAUCAUCACUCUCACCGAAUCAGAGAUGAGAACAAGGGUGGAGGCCGCCAAAGAGAAACUUGGCAAGCGAUGCUUCGUUGGGUACCCUUUUCUCCAAGAAGCGAAGAUUGUCAAGGUUUCUGACGAGCUUUUCGACUACGAGCUCGACGAACAGACUGGCUCAGUGAUUCAAAAGCAUCACACCCCCAAGGACAUCGACUUCUUCGCAAAGGAGGCCGCCUACAUCGAGAACUGGCACUCCAAGCGUCUCGGUUUCACCAUUGGCACAGUAGAGUCUCUCGUUCAUGUCCAUAUGCUCAAGGGCUUGAUCAAGACGGAUGAAGGUGCCCUCAUCAAGGAGUACGCGUUGAACCCUAGCAUGAGGAGCGUUUAUGCUUCCCAGACGAUCGUCGACGACGUGGUCAACGAAGACGAGCGUUUCAUUGAAAAAGCUGCUCUCCCGAUUGAAGAGGAAUACCCCGUCGGCACUCAGGCAUUCUUCCUCGGAGAAUACAACUACGGCCGUGCCCUGGAGGUGACAGGCCACGCCAACAACAAGGCCAACGUUAGAGUUUCCGUGCUGAAAAACAAGGAACCCGAAUUCGCGAAGCCAAUAAUCCAGGACAUGAAGCGCCAGAACCGAUACACCCCGUCUUAUGCUGUUGCUAAGAUGCUCAACCUACACCCCCUAAUUCUAAGCAAGAUUUUGUCAUCUUAUCAGAUCAAUACCGUUGGUGGGCUGAGAGUCAACCUGGGCCUCAACUUGAAGUUCGAUGCCAAGAAGCAGAAGGUUCUUGGUUACUCUCAGAAAUCGGAGUCGGGUUGGGAAUUCAGCAACGCAGCAAUCGAACUUUUGGCAAGAUACAUUGCCGCCUUCCCCGACUUCUUCGCCGCCAUUCAGCAAAACCCUCAAUCCAGUGAUGUCAACGACACCGACUUGUGGAAGGACCCGAAGGUCGCCGCCCAGCGCGUGAAGGAGAUUGGCGCAUGGUUGAAGGCGGCCCAGACCAGCAAGUUCGAGAGAGUUCCGCUGGAGGCCGAGCAGCUAGACUCUGUUGUGGUUAUGCGCCUUGCCGAGGCGGGUGCUCAGGUCUUCCUUCAAUCCCAUGACGUGGAGGUCAAGAACAUGAAGGGCGUCCCACGUUCGGCCAUCAUGAAACCCAGCGAUUCUGAGCUCUUCCUCAGCAACCAGAAGUUUGCUCUAGGCGAUCGUGUUAGCUUCCUGUCCUCUUCCGGCAAGGUUCCGCUUGGAAGCCGUGGAACGGUUGUGGGACUCAGCCGUACGGCAAACAACGUUUUGCUGGAUGUGGUUUGGGAUCUCACUUUCAUGAGUGGCACCACUUUGGGUGACAGAUGCCCGCCUUUCCGCGGCAUGACUGUCUACUCUUCUUCGGUGCUUAACACUACGUACAAGCAAGUUGUGUCCGGUUCCAAGGCUGGAAUGCAGAGACGGCCUGUGCCUGCCGCCAGUUCUGUUACGACUCAGGUUACGGGUGUUCCGCAGUAUAAGGAUGCUGCGGCUCCGGGUCCGCUCAGAGGUGGUUGGCGCGGUGCUGUUAACGGCAGCCAGGGCCACUCUGGUCGCGGUCGUGGUCGUGGAAGCGCCCCCAACUUGCUUCACAGUAACCUUGUCUACCGCCCGGCAAACGGCACUGUGGAGGGACACGAGGUCAACGGACAUGGCUUCCAGAACGGUAGGGGUCGUGGUCGAGGCCGUGGCGGACCUGUCCAACAUCCUGGGCACUCGACGCUUCAUGAGACCCCGCAGCAGGGAAUGUACGCGAACGUGCCGCCUCCCGCCAACCUUGACGCUAGAGGCAGAGGACGUGGACGUGGACGCGGUGGACGAGGCCGUGGUGCACCCCGCGGCCGUGGCGGAAAUGGAGCGGCUGGAACACAGCAGGCUUAA